AAGUGUGUAUUAUUGUUAACUCUUGAGGCUUUGAAGUGAGAUGAUCUAGAAGCUGGAGCAGCUUUUUCAGGAGAUGGAACAUGCAGGGGUGGACUGACAACUCAUGGGGCCCCGGGCAAUAGGGGAUCAUGGGGCCCCUGUAUCCUUGCACAAACUCAAGAAAGCCUAUGAAAAAGGUACCAGGGGCAUCUCAUGGGCCCCCCUACUGACCCCGGGCCAUCGGGCAGUGCCCGAGUUUCCAAAUGAUCAGUCCGCCCCUGGGUUAGUGGUUGACUGGUGCUGUCUGCUUCCA